GCAAGCACCGAGCUACAACCGCAGCAAGCUAGCCCAGGCGCCGCUCCAGCAGUGAAGCAAAGACACGAAAGAGGGUCUCUGUGCCCAUCGACAACACGCACCCAAUUUGAGCAUCUCUCAGAGACCAUGCGACGACUGCUCGCCACCUGCUGCACUGCUGCAGCCCUCGUCGCGCCGACGACAAGACGACGAACCGGCCUGCGAGCAGUCAAUGACGACGCCCCCCCGGCGCCCUGGGAGGGCCAGGGCGCCGACGCGAGGAAAGCGGCCAUGGCCGCGGUCUUCGACGCGCAGGCGAAUCUCGCGCAACAGUCCGAGGCCGACUUGGACCCCGAAGCGCUCAAAAGGCGGGAAACGGCGAAGUUCGAGCGGCGGCGCAACGAGGUCGUCGGGGACCAUUUGUUUCUCGGGUCGCUGUUGAUCGCGGCGGGCUGGCACUUUUUACCGAUUAAGGUCCUUGAAAGCUACGGCGUGGGCGUGUUAUUCGGCGGGGCCUACUUGUAUCUGCUCGGGAGGUACGUCGGGUCAUUGGGCGAGGCGACGCUGGACGGUGCGAAGGAAGGCGGCAUCGGCCAAGCUCGCUUCGCGGUCGUCGGGUUGCUCAUAGCCAUCGCGGGCAAACAGAGAGAAUACCUGGACUUCAUCCCGCUGCUGCUGGGCUUCUUCUCCUACCAGGUGGCGACGCUGCUGCAGGCGGCGCGGCCGGUCGAUGACUAA